AUGAGGCUGGACGUUCGGUCAGCCGGGGCGGACGGCGGCGGGAGGUCUGAGGAAUCGCCAGAGGAUCCCAUUGUGAAUCCUUCCACCAAAUCCCCAGAUGUUUCGGCACCGAGUAACAAAACACAGCACGUCACACAGGACCCUCCGUCCUCUCUGGUUCUGAUAGAGAACCUUCAGGACAGCUACACCUCUGACAUGUUCAUCCUCCUGCUGGAGAAUAUAAGUGAGAAGAACGAGGACACAGACUUCCAUGUGGAGAGAAUUCCAGAGAAACAAUCUGCUGUCGUCGCCUUCUCAUGUGAUAUCGAUAUUUUGGCCAUUGUUGAAAAAUUUUCAAGAAACUCCAGAGUCCGGGCACUUAAAAUGACGGCACAGCUUCUGGAAGAAACUAAAACUAUCAGGGUUGAGGGUCUCCCCCCUGAAACACCUGAGGAUUUCAUCAGCCUGUAUUUUGAGAACUCAAAGCAUGGCGGUUCCGGAACCAAUGAAACAUUAGCCAUUUCUGAAGAGGGCGCCGCACUGGUUACAUUCUCCACUGUGGAAGCUGCUAAGAAAGUUCUGGGAAGGAAGCAUCAGUUUUCUAAGAAAGACGUAUCUGUGUAUCCGUAUUAUCCCUCACAGGAUAUCGUACUUUAUGGAAAGCAAAGACCCCACAUACAAAAACCAGAGCCGCUCACCUUCCCAAUAAGUCCGUACAUUUUGGGAUUCAUCCUCAGUAACGCCCAACAAAAAGACAACAUGGAAACAACAAUGGAGGCUCAUACAUGUGAGAUCAAAUGGCCGGAUCUACUCUGCCCCAACCCCGAAAUCACAUUGAACUUUCCUGACACCCUCUCUACUCAUCUCAGGACAUUGGCAAAGCUUGUCCCAACAUGGAACUACACGGUCCAUGCAGAGUUCUCUCGUCUCAUAUCCAAGUACAAAGUCAUAGAAUAUAAAAUGGAUCAGUCGGUCUGGGAUGCUAUUAGAGAACAUGUCAGCAGCUCCACAUAUAACGAAGUUCUUAUCAAACCUGACAUAGCUGCAACGAAGGUUUUCCUGGCAGGAUUUGUAAAGGAUGUUACAAAGAUUGACCCGACAUUCAGAAAACUGGUGGAGGAAAUCACUAAACAGGUGGAAAGAAAGAAUGUCCGCCUCAAAGUUGAUGUCAUUGUUAAUGCAGCCAAUGAGGACCUGAAGCAUAUUGGGGGCCUGGCUGCGGCUUUACUGAAAGCUGCAGGUCCCAAACUACAAGAAGAUUCUGAUCACAUUGUCAAGACAGAAGGUAGAUUGUCCGCAGGUGAGUCGGUAGAAACAGACUCUGGUAGAUUGCCAUGCAAGCAGAUUAUACAUACAGUUGGGCCCAGGUGGAACUCCAGAUCAGCUGCACAAUGUGAUCGUCUGCUACAGAAAGCCAUAACCAGCAGUUUAGAACUGGCUGAGAAGUACUGCCACAGCUCCAUAGCAAUCCCAGCUGUCAGCUCGGGUAUUUUUGGUUGUCCUGUAGAUAAAAGUGCAGAGAACAUAAUACAAGCCAUCAAACAAUACAUGGCCAACAAACCUAAAGGCAGCUCCACCAUUAAAGAAAUCCAUCUGGUGGACACUAAUGAGAAUACAGUACGAAUCUUCGCCUCCACUCUGAAAAAGGAGUUUGGAGAGGAGGAAGCUGAACCCGCUCCGCAAUAUAGAGCGAAAAGACCUGAGAGGGUGGAGAGAUCCUUCCCCAAGCAGAGAGUCUAUGAAAAGAACGUAUCUACUAAUCAGAUGAUGACCAAAGAAAACAUUGUCAUUACAGUCAGCGUAGGAUAUAUCCAAAGCGUGACAACAGAUGCGGUUGUAAACAGCGUGGGAAAUGACCUACGACUCAGCAGUGGCGGAGCAUCGAAGGCUCUUUUAGACAAGGCCGGGGACGAGCUUCAGCAAUGCCUGAAUAAAGUCCGUUCUGGAGCUCAGGUGGAAGACGGUUCGGUGUUCAUCACAGAGGGCUGUAAUCUGUCCUGUAAGACUGUUAUUCACGUGGUGGUUCCUCAUUGGAAUGGAGGAAAUGGUUCUUCUGAGAAGAUUUUCAGGGAAGUCGUGAGGAGCUGUUUGUGUGAGUCAGAGAAGAGGAAAAUGAGAUCCAUAACAUUCCCGGCCAUCGGGACCGGAGUUCUGGGAUUUCCAAAAAGUUCUGUCGCCACUUUUAUGUUUGAAGAGAUUCUCAAGUUUAGCAGCAAAAGUAACCCCCAACAUCUGAGAGAAGUGUGCUUCAUUCUGCAUCCCAGUGAUAAGGAAACAAUAUCGGAGUUUUCCAAGGAACUGAGCAGCCGGAUGGACCGAAAUGCCACAGUAAGAACUCGGAGCAGUAUGGCGGCUCCAGGACCCUCCCACAGCUCACAAGUUGGUGCUGGAUCCAGUCCAGGUUUCUUUGGUACAGUGAGCACUCCAGUGGCCGGAACUCAUGAAAUGAAGGUCGGAUCGGUCACUUAUCAAGUGAAAACGGGAGACGUAACGAAGGAGGACACUGACGUCAUUGUCAACUCAACUGACAAGACAUUCACCAUGCGAUCAGGUGUGUCUAAAGCCAUCCUGGAUGCUGCGGGACAGAGUGUGGUGGAUGAGUGCACUCGGCUCGGAUCUAAGGGUAAAAAGCAUAUUGUGACCCAGAGUGGAAAUCUUCGCUGCAAGAAAAUCCUCCAUAAGGUCGGCACAAAUUCAGCCAAGGAAAUCCAAACUUUCAUUACUGAGUCUCUGACUGAGUGCGCUGGACUCCGGGCUAAAUCCGUGGCCUUUCCUGCCAUAGGGACAGGUAUGGGCAAUGUCUCCUCAUCGACGGUGGCUGACACUAUUUUGGAAUCGGUGGCUCAUUUUGCACAAUCGCCCCAAUCUAUCCAAACCGUGAAAGUCGUCAUUUUCCAGGAACAAAUGCUGAAAGAUUUCUACACCAGCAUGAAGAAGAAGGAGGGGAACACUAUGCUCAAAAAAGAGGGAUUCGUGUCCACAAUGGUGAAUUCCUUCUUCAACAUUUUUCGGUGGAACGCGGAAGGCUCAGAGGGUGCCGAGGUUUUUGAAUUAAGUGAAAACAUUGAGCCGGCUAUUAUCCAUCUGUGUGCGGAAAGGCGGGACGCCGUGGAAAAGGCGAAAUCCUGGCUCCGCGAGCUGAUAAUGAAGGAGCAGAAUGAGAACCUCAUCACAGAUGACUGGAUCCGGGAAUUUAAUGACAAGGAUCAGGAGGCCGUAUUACAGCUUCAGAAGGAGUACCAAGUUAGUCUUAUUUUUGACUUGCCAAAUGUUACAAUCAAAGUGCUGGGCCUGUCCAAGGACGUUCUGGAGGUCAGUAAUAAAAUCCACGACAUGAUAAAGACUGUGCGAGAUAAGAAGACAAGAGAUCGGGAGGUGGAGCUGUGCAGUAAUCUGGUGGAAUGGGGAUACCUCAACGGAAGCAACUUUAUUCCAUUUGACAAAAUGGUGAAUCUGGACCUGGAGAAGGCAAAGAACGAGAACACACAAUGUGUCGAUGUUUAUAUCAAUGGGUUGAAAUACAAAGUGAUUGUAGAGCUGCUAAAUGCAAGAGAUGCCAGAGGGAACAGCUUCAAGAUUCAAAGAAAUUCUAAACACGAAAAAUUAGACGUCCCCACACACUGGGAUCCAAUGAGAAAUGAAAACAUGAAGGUGAUCCCGUUGGCUGCUGGGAGUCAGGAGUACACUGAUGUGGAGGCACAGUUCAGGAAAUCCUGCCAAAUGCGAAUUAUUAAGAUCGAGAGGAUCCAGAACCGGCACCUGUGGAUAAACUAUCAGAUAAAGAAGCAAAGUAUUGAUGAGAAGAACAACUCCAACACUAACGAGAAGCAACUCUUCCAUGGCCUGGACCCCAAUACUGUGAGCAAUGUAAACCACAAUGGAUUUAACAGGAGCUAUGCUGGAAAGAAUGCGGCCUGUUUUGGGAAUGGAACGUAUUUUGCAGUGAACGCCAAUUAUUCUGCACAGGACUUAUACUCCCGGCCAGAUGGGAACGGAUACAAGUACAUAUACCUGAGCCGUGUGGUCACAGGGGUAUCAUGUGUUGGACAUCAGGGGAUGAUUGCCCCCCCACCCAAGGUUGCCACAAAACCCACUGACCUGCAUGACAGUGCCACAAACGAUCUGACAAAUCCUGUAAUGUAUGUGAUAUUCCAUGACAUCCAGGCCUACCCCGAGUACCUUAUCACCUUUACUAAAUGAGCUGAUGACCCUCCCUGUAUACAGAUACCGGUAUACGGG